CGCUGUUCUUGUUGAAAUGAUAUAAAUACCCCUCACUUUAUUUUGAUCUUGCGAUAGAUAAUUUUAUUCUCCCCUCUCCCCAAAUCAUUACCCAUAUAUCUAUGACUUCUGGAGAAACUUCCACUGUUGCUAAUGGCCAAGAGCCUUCCACCUCAACUAUCACAGGCCAUGCGCACCUACAAGGACACGGACACCAACACACAAAAGUCCAUGGUGUCCUCCCCAUCGAUCAAUAUCUUGCUCAAUAUCCACUUCUGAGCAAGGUAUUGAAACAGGACCAAAGGAGGAAGGCUGCUCCAGAGAAGCUAUCGAUUACCACUCGUCAUCUGGAUGAAUUCACUGCUCCUCACGGUCCAGAGCGAUCACAAGCUCGAACACAAUCAAUUCCUCUACCCACGCAAGCCGAGGGUCCUACUAAGCCUGGUGGAGGCAUUUUGCCUAUUCCCCAUUCUAUGCGCACUUCAAUGUUCCAAAAGAAGAAAACAACACGUGAUCAACCACUGAAGAAACCAUUGUCGAUCCGACCAACAGAGUUUAUCAAUUACAUGAUGGAUGGGACAGCACAGUAUGUACACUAUCUGUUACACCCAAGUCAGAUUCCGGGACGAGAUCUGAUCAGUAGGGUCUACGCGAUGGGAUUCCUGCCCGUUGCGCUUCUUGGCUUAUUCAUCGUCCAGAUGGGUAUUGGAUUGUUGGUCAUUCUUGUCAAUCAUACACGAAUUGGGGCAUUUUACUAUAAAAAACUUUUUGAUGAUCAGAUCGCACUUUUCGACGAAACAGACGGAAAUGACGAAGCAGUGCGACAGUUGGCUGAGCAGACACCGAGGGACAAACCUUAUUUUAGCUACCAUAUAGCCAACUUGCUAUUGAUCAUGUCUAGCAUGGUCUACCAACGGGACGAUAAGCUCGUGGCUCAAGCAUCAAAAAUCCUGCUCAAUGUUCGAAACCAGGAGGAACGUGAUAGGGCUGCAGAGUUACUGUUGGAGAGUGAACGGGUCAUCGAUGAGAACUCGACCUGCGAAUUCGGAAUGCGCUUCUCAGGCAUCAGUGAGCUCAAGACCUUGGGAGGACCAUUCGCAGGUCUUUUCUAUAACGAUGAAUCCAUCGUCUUGGUCUUCAAAGGCACUUCUAUUUUGGCCUUCAACGAAUAUCUCUUGGAUAUGACGCUCCAGCGUGUUGACGCGAGCGAAUAUUUAUAUGGCGAGGUCCACAAGGGCUUUUAUGAGUCUCUUUUCCCUGAUCCUGCCCCUUUGAACUGGUAUGAGAGGAUGACGCUCGAUAAAACCCAUCCAUUCAAUACGAUAAUGGAGACUAUAUUUGAAACUGCCAAAGUAGGCAAGGCGAAGACUGGCAAGCCCGUCAACCUUUGGUUCGCGGGCCAUUCACUAGGCGGAUCCCUUGCGUCGAUAGUGAUGGGCCGUCUUCAAAUGAUCGUUCGUGAUACUGAUCCUCUGAUUCAAGAGGAAAAAGAAGAAAGUACGACCACGGCUUCCCAUCCUCAUCCAAGUGGAACUAGGACGGUUUUGCAAGAGAUGUUGGCCAGAUUUAGUAGCGAUCCAGAUCUGUUAGUCCUGCGUGAUUGUUAUAGUGUGGCGGCACCGAAUAUUGGGGAUUCAACAUUUGCUGAAGAAUUUGGACGUAACGAGCUUCGUUAUUGUCAAGGAAGUCCCUAUAAGCCGGCAUACUGGCGUAUUGUCGCAGAUAAAGAUAUUGUGCCAUGGUGUCCCCCGAGUCUCAACUUGGACCCAAAUGAACCCUGUCGCAAAUUAAAACCAUCCCAUAAGCGCUCGAAGGGAAAAGAGGGUACAUGGCUUGAAGCUGAAAAAGAGGAGGAUCGUCAGGCGAAGGCCGAAAAUAGGACAGAGCCCAAACAUAUGCAUUCUUUGUUGGAUUACCAAAAUAUAGGACAGCAUAUCGUUAUUUGUCAUGCAACUCACAAACCUCCCACAAUCAAGCCUUCAUUGUAUGAUCCUGAUUUUACUGAUGGAGUCUUGAGAUCAAGAGAAGAGGUGCAGAAGCUCCUUGGAAGGCUGGCUCAGAUUGCAAAUGCAUGGAAGUUCGAUUCAGGGCGAUGAUAGCUCCUCUGGUGCUAUCGCCACGCCCCCUACAUCCUCCUCUACUUCUUUCUCUUCUACUACAUUGGUAGGAUCCGAUGACUAUGGAAAGUUGAAACUAUCACGCGCUCAACAACUUGAAGAAGACAUCGCUAGAGCU